GGGAAGAGACGCUGCACCGCGCGUUUGGUCCGUGUUUGAUUAUUUUAAGUCUGUCCCAUCACCUGCCUGCAAUGUCUUCCUGUGGAGAUGUUGGUGAAGGUGUGAACACUGAAAAGGCGGCGGCAGACGAGCCGGCGGCGGCGGUCGGCGGCCCGGAGCCGGCGCUGGCGGCGGCGGGCGGUCCUGAGCCGGCGCUGGCGGCGGCGGGUGGCCCCGAGCCGGCGCUACUGGCCGCGGGCGGCCCGGCCGUCUCUCAGCAGCGCCUGGUGGAUGUUUGCCGGGGCCAUGCUGAGCAGGUGGAGGACAACAAGCGGCUGCAGUCGUCGGUCCGCAAGCUGAAGCACCGGUUGGACCAGCUGCUGCGCGAGACGUCCGGCCUGGAGGUGGAGCAGGCGCGCGUGCUGCUCACGCGCAGCCAGCUGGAGGCACUCUGCCGGGAGCUGCAGACGCAGAACCGCGCCAUCAAGGAGGAGAGCCAGGCCAAGGUGCGCGAGGAGAGCGAGCGGCGCCGCGCCGUAGCCGCCCAGUUCCAGACGACGCUGAACGACAUAUCGAGCCUGAUUGCCGACAGCAGCGAGAAGAACGCCAAGCUCACCGACGAGAACGCCAGCAUCUCCGGCAAGCUGGCGAAGCUCUGCCAGCAGUACGAGCAGAAGAACGCGAUGGUUGCAGAAAUGGUCAGGCAAAAGGAACUGAAGACUCAGUUGUCAGACGCCCAGGUUGCCAAAGUGCAGGCAGAAAUGAGAAAGCAACGAGAAAAGUUCGCAGAAGAGAGGCGUAAGCUACAACAGGCCGCGACCACGUGCCAGGCCCGCUGCAAGCAGUUGGAGGCCACCGAGGCCCAGCUAAAGGCGCAGCUGGACGCCUGCGCCCAGCGCUUCGACGACGUCCAGGCUGCGCUGGCCCAGUCCAACACGGCCUUCGAUACGUACAAGACCGACAUCGACAAGAUGAAGAAGACGACGCGUCGACUGGAGAAGGAGAGCGCCAGCUGGCGACAGCGGUGCGCCGUCAACAGCCAGCAGCUGCUGCAGCUGGCCCAGCAGAAGCAGGCCAGCGACGCCGAGCUGGCAUCGCAGCGGCGCCGCCUCGACACGCUGCAGCGGCUCUGCCUCGCCCUGGAGGGCCGGGCGACCGCCUCAGGGCGGCCGCUGCCGGAGGAAUUGUGCUCACAGUCCGCCGUCGACUCCGCGGUGGACGACGCCGCCGUCUCGUCGUCCGAUCUGGCCGGCGGCGGCGACGCGGCGCCGGCGGCGUCCUCGAGCCACGGGGACACGGCGCCGGCUUCGUCCUCAAGUGGCGGGGAUGCGGCGUCAACCCCUUCCUCUAACGGCGGGGACGCGACGUCAGCACCGUCCUCAAACGGCAGGGACGCGGCGUCCGCCCCUUCCUCAAACGGCGGGGACGCGGAUUCGGCACCGUUCUCAAACGGCGGAGACGCAGCGUCCACCCCUUCCUCAAACGGCGUGGGCGCAGCGCUGACCCCUUCCUCAAACGGCGGGAACACAGCGUUAGCACCGUCCUCAAACGGCGGGGGCUCGGCGUCGACCCCCUCCUCAAAGGGCGGGAACACGGCACCACCCCCGACCUCAAACGUCGAGGAGCGGCCGCCGGACCAGCCGUCAAGUGGCGAGGUCGAGCUUCCCCGCCGGCCCGCCGAGACCGAGCCGACCGUCCAGUCUCCCGCUGGGGAAGAAGGGCAGCCGGUCCAGCCGUCAAAGGGCGGAGGCAACUCUUCAGCCUGUGAGGAGGAGGUCCAGUCCUCACAAGAGGACGUGGCGCCUGCUGAGAGCUCCGGGACCGCCUCUUCGGCCGCCCUUUGAGGUGCCGUCGGCGGCCGGGCCAGAGCGUAGACUGAUCCUGUACAAAGUGUGCUGUGACUGAGGUUUUUACCUACCAGCGUCAGGGCGACGGCGAGACCCACUGCGCCACGCGCCGCAGUUUUGAGUCUGUCGCUUUAACGACUCCCCCGAUGGAUUG